GUCAAUCCUGCGCAUUUAGUUUUCAAAUUCAGUAGGUUUGCCUGUUUACGAAGCUCUACGUCGUCGCAUGUCGACAAACAAUAAAAUGUGUUUUUUGUAGUGGAAUGGUGCCUAUAUGUGUUCUGUGUCCGUAAAGAGAUUAUGUGUGUAUUUUUUACAAUUUCAAGUGUAUAAACCGUCCAAACAAUAAUUAUACCGAAAAUUCGUCAUCGUUUUAAUUAUGGCAAAUGAUCGUGAUAAGAAAGCCCAAGAAAGGGAGAAGUUAAAGAAUAUUAUUGACCAAUGGAAUGCUAACCGAUUGGAUAUAUUUUGGCUGUCGGAACCCAAUGAGGAAUUAGAGUUCCAUGGGGCUAUGAGGUUUUAUUUCCAAGAUGCUGGUCAAAAGGUAGCUACCAAAUGCAUAAGGGUUGCCAGCACAGCAACUACAUCAGAUGUAAUAGAAACAUUAAUAGAAAAAUUCCGUCCAGAUAUUCGAAUGCUUUCUAUUCCUGAAUAUGCCCUUUAUGAAAUUCAUGAAAAUGGAGAGGAGAGGAAGUUAAAAGGAGAUGAGAGGGUCCUUCUUGUGCAGCUAGACUGGCAUAGAGAUGACCGAGAAGGGAGAUUUCUUCUUCGACGCAUGGAUGAAAAGUCCUAUAUCUCUAGUAUGGAUGCUUGUGAUAAUGAAAAUUUCAAAAGAAAAUUAUCUAAACGUGAAAAGAAAGAGAAGAAGAAGAAAGAAAAACGAGAGAGACUGAAGGCUGCUGAAGAAAGUAAGAAAGAUGGUAUAGCUGAGCGACUAUACUCUGAGCUUCCUGAAACAAGCUUUACUCGAUCAAUUUCCAAUCCAGAAGCAGUUAUGCGAAGAAGGAGGCAGCAAAUAUUAGAGAAAAAACUUCAACAGUUUUGUCAAGAGGGUGGCACUGAUGCAGGUGGUACCUUGAGAAUAUUUGGAGAAGCUUUAAAUAAAGAUGUGCCUUACAAAACACUUUUACUUUCUACAAAAGAUACUGCAUCCUAUGUGGUAAAAGAGAUAUUGAAUAAAUAUGGGUACGAUAAAGAAGAUCCUUUUAUGUAUUGUCUUGUACAAACUAUAGUAUCACAUCAUACAAAUGAUGGUCCCGAUCUUCAAAAUGGCGGUAUCAGAGAAUAUAUAUUAGAUGAUGAUGAUUGUCCUCUGAUGAUUCAACAGCAGCAUAAUCGGAACAAAGGUGCCUUAUCAUUUCAUGUUCGAAGACGACCUGCUGAUUACCAGCCCAGAAAGAGGAAAAAAAAGCCUAAGCCAACUAAAAAUGAUGAUAUGAGUUACAGGCAGGAUGACACAAUUGAAAAACUACCCUAUCUCCUCGAAUUAAAUUCAGAUGGCAGUGAUGGACAUGGGCCUCCCAAGAAACAUAGACUUUAUCUUAAUGUUACUGAAGUUGGUAGUGAAAGAAGUAGCUCUAUCGGGGGACAAUAUUUGCAGCUCUUUGGUCCAAAUGUCCAACCCCGCCACUGUGUCAUUGCUCAUACGCAGGGAAUAGUUACUGUCACUCCUAGCAGUAGAGAUGCAGAAACUUAUGUGAAUGGUAUGAGAAUAUAUGAAACAACUAUCUUACAGAAUGGAAUGGUUGUGCGGUUUGGAAAACUACAUACUUUUAGAUUUGUAGACCCACUUCAUGACCAGAAACAUGGCAUGUUACCUGACCCUCGACAGCAUCCUGAAUUUAUAGAAAGAAGUCGAAGGGAGGACCAGGUGUCUCUACAUCAUCAUGGUAGCUAUGAAACUACAUUUGAUGCGGAUGGCAAUGUCGAAACAGUAUCCACACAUUCCAGAGAAGAGCGUCUUUCCAAAAAGUCUGACGAUGCUCUUUCUCAUAGGUCAUUAGGUCGUGAAAGUACACAUGGACGCAGUAGUGAGAGAUAUGACCAGAAGAGGGGCAAUGAUCCUAUUCUUCCAGCUGUUUUAGAAUUCUGGGAAGAUGGUGAAGAAGCUUUUCUAGCUGCAUCAAUUACUCAGCUAGAUCCUAGUCAAGUGCAAUUUAAACUGUCACCAACAUAUGCUCUGUAUAUGGCUGCUCGAUAUCGUGCCUCAACACAUUUCAGGCCCGAAACUACCCCGAAUGAUCGUGCUCGUAGGCUGACAGCUUUAAUGAACAAUGUAGCAGCUGUUAUGCAUCAAGUUAUACAGGAUCGAUAUCGAGAUGCAACUGCUCUGGCUUUUUGGCUUGCUAAUACUUCUGAAUUGCUUCAUUUUCUGAAACAAGAUCGCCAUUUAAGUGCAUAUACUCUUGAUGCCCAAGAUUUACUAGCAGAAAGUGUUCAGCUGGCUUUUCGAAGUCUUGUAACGUGUCAACAAGUAGAACUGCAAGAUGCAAUGCCAGCUUUCCUUGAAGACCGUGAUGAUGUCAAUGAAGAAGAAGGUACAACUGCUGAUGUUUUAGCUGUGCUAGCAUCUGCUAUGUCACUUUUGAGGCGAUGCCGUGUCAAUGCAGCUCUCACCAUCCAGAUGUUUUCACAACUUUUUCACUUCAUCAACAUGUGGCUGUUCAAUAAAGUUGUAUGUGAAACCAGAAUGAACCUUUGUACGAGACUUUGGGGUGCAAGACUAAAGAGAAGGUUGGGACGUGUGGAAGCAUGGGCUGAGAAACAAGGAUUGGAAUUAGCUGCUGAUUGUCAUCUCAGUCGUAUUGUGCAGGCUGCUCAUUUAUUGCAAGCUCCAAAAAGUAAUUCUGAAGACCUGGCUUCCAUUAGUUCUCUUUGCUUUAAACUGAACUCGCUGCAGUUACAAACACUCUUAGAACGAUAUCUACCUUCAGAUGAUGAACCUCAUAUACCUCAGGAAUUUAUUGAAAGUGUUGUAAAGGUUGCUGAAAAUACUGCUGAUGAACAAGCUAGAAGUGAGGGUAGAGAUAUUAAACUUGAAGAGGACUCUGAUUUACAAUUGCCUUUCUUGUUGCCUGAGGAUGGUUAUUCUUGUGAUAUUGUUCGAGGAGUUCCAGCUGGAUUGCAAGAAUUUUUGCAACCACUUAUUCAAGCAGGUCUGUGUCGUCUUACAAUUCAGCCUACAUCUUCUGGGUAUUGGACUAUUUACAUGUCUGAUCAAGAUAUUGGCAGGUUGCCUUCUGGGGCACGUAGUCCGAGUUUACACAGUCAUGUUGAUGAUAGCAGCAGCUGGAAAAACCAAGAAGCAGAAGUAGUUACAAUCCGUUUGCAGAAAAGUAAUAAUGGCAUCGGUCUGAGCAUUAUUGCUGCUGGGGCUCCCUCUGAUGCUGACAAGCUCGGAAUCUACAUAAAGUCUGUUGUAAAAGGCGGUGCUGCUGACCUAGAUGGCAGAUUGCAAGCUGGUGAUCAAUUAUUGAAAGUAGAUGGGCAUUCUUUGGUGGGAGUUAACCAAGAAAAGGCUGCUGAAUUAAUGACACGAACUGGUCCUGUUGUUACCUUAGAAGUUGCUAAACAAGGUGCAGUUUUUAAUGGUCUGACUGAUUUGCUAACUAAACCUUCACCUACAAUUCAAAGAGGACCUCGCAGAAUGAGUGAGCGGGAUAUUCCAUCGAGGGUUAUGAAUGAAAAUGGUCAUGAUGGGAGAAUACCUCCAGGAUCUAACCACCUGUUACCUCCUCGAAUGCAGAGCAGUAAAAGUGUUCCUUCUUUAAAUAGCAACCAUGAACCAGACCCCCCAGGUAUUCAACAGAAUGGAAGCAUCCGAUCACAGGAGGUUUACAAUCCUGCAUACAGCCGAACGUCCUCAACUGCUUCAAUACCAAAAGUGAAUGAAUUCCCAGACCACCACUCUCGUUCAAAAUCUGCAAAUAACUUGCGACAUGACAUGCCUAAUGAUCCAAGGCUGCAUUAUCCUCAAGAUGAUCAAAACCCACCUCCGUAUCCCGGACUUCCUGGUGGUCCGAAUAAUCGUGCUGUUUCCCACCCAAAUAUCCAACAGUCGCAAGCUCCAAUGCAUGCACCCCCUCAAGUGUCAUCGUUACCGCCACCUGCAAUCCAAGAAGAAAGACAUUAUCAAAAUAUUAGCCUAUACCAGCAACCACCACAACCACAGAUGAAUCAUUCACCAAAUCCUCAUAAUAUACACAUGAGGCCAUCCUCUCAAGCACAUCCUCAGCAGCCACCAAGGUCUCUACAUGGUUCACAAUCUUCUCUAAAUAGACCUGAUCAACAAGGUUUGCAAUCAUCAAUGGAUCGUUCAAGACCACUUUCUACAUUAGUUUCUACUAGGGAGCAAGAGCAAUAUGCAAAUUCAAUGGGUUAUCCUCAUCCUAAUUCGGGACCACCUAAAUCACCUAGAGCUGCUCCCCACAAUUCCAUGGAUCCUCAUUAUGGUCAACAAGGAUACAUUCCUCCUAGACCAGUUCAUGAUCAACGGGAACUGCGUAACCCUGAAAUGAUGCGACCACAUGACCAUGAUCCAAGAUCCUUCCCUGAAAAUGUUUCUCAUCCUGAUAUGCAUAACAGAUCACAUCCAAUGCAUCCUCAGGAUUACAACAUGAUGCAUAUGGACCCCAGGCAAAGAGAUUUGUUACGACAAGAAGCAAAAAUGGAAGAGAUGCGAGAAGAAAUUCGUCGCCGUGAAGACAGAGAAAGGCAAAUGAUUCAGCAACAACCACCUCAAAUGGGGCGAGGUGUUAACUUCCCACCACCUCGAGGAAUGAAUGUUAUGAACAGACCUCCACCAAAUUAUCACCCAGGUCCUCCAGUUGGUGGUCAUAUGCAUAAUCAGUAUCCAUCUGGACCACCAGCUCCGGCUCCAAAACCGCGUCCCCAAUUCUAUAAUAACCAACCUGAAAGGUUUCAAAGACCUCCCACUGGGUAUUUGCCACCUUCAGAUAACCCAUCUGUAUAUGAUACGUCGGCUCACCAUCUGGUGCCACAGAACGGUCCAAGGGCACCAUUGCAUCAAAAUCAACCACCACCUGUUGUCAGCUAUCGCUAUGGUCCAUCAGGAUAUCCUCCCAGAGCAGAAGAUGGCAUGGGACCUAAACCUAGUCGUCAACCGCAACCUGAUCCACGGCUAUCGUCUCCCCAUAAACCAUCACCAAACAUGAGCCAAAAUUCCAGGAUUGCUUACGAAGCUUCUCAAGCAGUAAGUGGGCAUGAUAAAAAAGAAGCGUCAAAUCUUUUAAGUCCUUCCCCUUGGGAACGAGAGGAAAAAGAAAAGAUUUCCAGCAAAUUUGGUACCUUUAAUAUUGCUACUCAUAUUUUGCACAAGCAAAGGCAAGAAGAAGCCAGACGUGCUCGUGAUGAAGAGAUAAGAGAGCUGGAAAGUCGUCCUCACAUAACAGCCCAGCAGGAAGAUCGCUUGCGUGCAUUGAGGCUGGAGCAAGAAUUCCAAAGGCGUGCUGAAGAGUUACAUGGAGAUGAAGAUGAUGACGAAGAUGAGGACUUGCUUGAUCGAGCAGAAAAUCGUGAACGAAAAUUAAAAAUGCAGGAAGAUUUAGAAAGAGCUCGUCUAAGGCGCUUAGAAUGGGAAGCACAACAAGGUCAAAACCAAAUAAAAAUGCAGCCUCCUUUAGGCCACAAUGAAGAGUGGCGAAGGCAACAACAGUCUAUAGAGGAACAAGAGGACAGACUGCGACAGCUACGGAUAGAAGAGGUUCAAAGAAAGCGAGAACUAGAGGUUGCUAAGAAUGCAGAAGAGAGGUUGUUACGAGAGGCUAAACGACGACAGGAUGAAUUCAAAGCACCAAUGAACCUUCCGCAUCAAAAUCGUUCUCAGCCUGUCAUGAGUCCACAAAUGAUUAAUAAUCAGCAGCCAAUCACCAACAACCAUCCAGUUACAAACUAUCCCAUGGAGAAAGCUAAGCGCAAUGACAUUUCAAAUCAGCAAGACGUUCCACCCCCUCUUCCUACCUCUCCUCCCCCAAUUGAACCCAGUUAUCAAACUGUUUAUAGUCAAAAGCCGGCAUCAAUGCGCAAUCAGCGUUUGAAUGACAACCCUCAAGCCAAUUAUGAGAAGCAACAUGAACCACCAGCUCCACCCACAAGAAAAUCAUCCUAUGAAGUAACCAAUCAGAUGUCUGCCAUGAGUGGGAACAACCGAUAUACUCCCUCAUCCAUGAGGAACUGUGAUAGCAAUGGCCCACACCAUCCCAAGAAAGUAUCUUUUCACGAUUCUCCCGUAGAGAAUGCAGAGUGCGACACAAAUGGCAAUCUCAAUUCUCUCGGUUCCAACAACUCACAGUCUUACACACUGGACGAUAUUAACGAAGUGCUCGCAACCCCUCAUAAUAGUCAAAACCUGAACACUUAUGCUCCGGGCAGCACGCCAGGUGUUAUUGGUAGUCAGGAGGUGUACAGGGAUCCUAGACAACGGAUUGAAGCCGAGAGGACGCAGCAAGAGCGGGGUGUGGGCAGGAAUCCUGGACCUGAAAAACUCACCUUCAAAGAAAAAAUGAAAAUGUUUGCACAAGAGGUGGGUGAGCAGGAAACGCCUAAAGAUAAAGUAAAAAUAUCUCGAGCUCAAAGAGACAUUGAAGUGAACCUUAAUGGAAGUAAUGUGAGUUGAAAGAAUUGUGGUUAUCAUUUGUUGCUCAUACAGGUCUACUUAUUCAUUUAUGUUGAAAUCCUUCAUUAGCGUGUCCAUGAGUAGUCUACUUACAGUCAGAAAAUUUAACAGCUUUUGAUAAGCAUCCUUCAUAAUACAGCAUCCUUUAAAUUUUUAUGAUUAUAAAAAGAAAACUUAAUGUUUUGACUCAAAAAUUUUAAAAAUAAAUUAUAAAA